GGUCAUGAAUUGACUGCCGAGGCUUGAGGAGCAGCAGCAGCAGCAGCAGCAGCGCGGGAAUGGUGCCUGACUGUGUGGGGAAGACGUCCCUGCGAGUGGAUUCUUACAGGCUUCUUCUGGCGGGACUUGCCAUGCCCAUUCGGGGCACCGAAGAAAAAACUCAGGAUGAAGUGGCUUUGGAGAGCUAAAAUGGUCUCAGUUCAGGACUUGGGAGAUGAGGAAGAGGAAGGAGCAGUCUACCAUGUCACUCUGAAAAAAGUGGAGAUUGUACAGGCUGCUAACAAGGGAGCAAGAUGGCUAGAAGUUGAUGAGGACCAAUUGCCCCCAGAGCACACAGUCAACCAAUAUGAGACAUUUAAGAUCAGGGCAAUAAAAGCUGGUACUCUGGAGAAGCUUGUGGAGAACCUACUGACAGCUUUUGGGGAUUAUGAUUCCACCUACAUCAGCAUAUUUCUGUCAACAUACAGGAGCUUUGCUUCUACAAAAGAAGUUCUGGAACUGCUUCUUGACAGGUACGGAAACCUGGAAAAUGCAAACUGUGAAGAGGCAGGGACCAGUAAUUCUGCUCACACCAAACCAGAACUCAGGAGUGCCAUAGCUUCCAUCUUGAGUGCUUGGCUAGAUCAGUGCCCCGAAGACUUCGAAGAACCACCCGAGUACUUCUGUCUGAAAAAAAUCCUGGAUUAUCUGACACGGACAAUGCCGGGGUCCGAACCAGAAAGAAGGGCUCGCAAUUUGUUGGGUCAGUUCCAGCCACAAGAAGCAGAAAAUCACAAUGAGGUUCGUGACACAGUUGCCAUUGAGGAAGAAGGGGAGACUCCUGGAGCAGAAGACCUCUCUUCUUUCCCAGAAGAUCUUGUGGCAGAACAAUUAACCUACAUGGAUGCUGAAUUAUUUAAAAAAGUGGUGCCACAUCACUGUUUGGGCUCCAUCUGGUCUCGGAGGGAGAAGAAGGAGAACCAACACUUGGCCCCCACCAUCAGAGCCACCAUUGCCCAGUUCAAUGCUGUGGCCAAUUGUGUUGUCAGCACCACCCUGCACAACAAAGAGCUGAAAAUACAGCAACGAGCGAAGAUCAUAGAGAAAUGGAUUGAUAUUGCACAGGAAUGCAGGAUCCUAAAGAACUUUUCCUCUUUGAAGGCUAUUGUUUCAGCACUACAGUCUUAUCCCAUCUAUCGAUUGAAGAAGUGUUGGGCAUGUGUCUCAAAGGACAGUAUGAUGGUAUAUGAAGAGCUGUCAGCACUUUUCACUGCCCAUGAUAAUUAUCUGGCAAGCCGCGAAUUGCUCAUGAGAGAAGGAACAUCUAAAUUUGCAAAUUUGGACAGCAGCGUGAAAGAGAACCAGAAGAGAACUCAGAGGCGGCUAAAGAUGCAGAAAGAUAUGGGGGUAAUGCAAGGUACCAUUCCCUACCUUGGUACUUUUUUAACCGACCUGACCAUGCUGCACACAGCUCUUCAGGACAGUGCAGAGGGAGGGCUAAUAAAUUUUGAAAAGAGAAGACGGGAGUUUGAAGUAAUAGCACAAAUCAAGCUCUUGCAAUCCUCCUGCAAUAACCACUGGAUGACUCCAGACAGGAAAUUCAUCCAUUGGUUCAAGAUGCAGCCACGUUUAACAGAGGAGGAGAGCUACUCCCUAUCCUCUGACAUUGAGGCAGCCAUUGAUCCACCCAUAACUUCACCUCAAAAGAGCAUGGUGAAGCGACUAAGCCAAUUAUUACUGGGGCUGGAUCCAGCUGAUUCAGCAGCAUGCUCCACCCCUGUGAAAGACUCUGGAGGAAGCAUGGAUUCUGCCAGCAUCCCCUCCUGUGAGCUCCAUCACACAGAGAUAGAAGACCCCUGUGUCACCCCCACAGCUACUCCAGAGGAGCCCCAGAAGAAGCCAUCAGAGUCCUCCUCAGUUGCCGGCUCUGCCACCUCCUCUGCCUCCUCCUUUGAGGGAGCUCUCCUGUGUCCUCCAUCGCCCGUCAGCAGUCCCCUGAUCUGCCCUGUUUAUAACGAGCAGAAGGGGGGUGCCUGCAUCAUCCGGGUCAGCGUGAAGGAGGAUAAUGGCAACAUGUACAAGAGCAUCAUGUUGACCAACCAGGACAAGACACCAAGUGUCAUCCAGCGGGCAAUGGUGAAGCACAACCUAGAAGCUGAUUGUGUGGAAGAUUAUGAACUGGUGCAAAUCAUCCCUGAGGGCAAAGAACUUGUGAUCCCUUCCUCCGCAAAUGUGUUUUAUGCCAUGAACAGCCGGGCUAAUUAUGACUUCAUCUUGCAGAGGAAGAAUGGCCUCCUCGCAUCAGCAAAGCUUAGAAGCGGCUUUAAGCUUCUCAAGAUCAUCAAAAGAACAACAGUGAACAGUGUGCGGCGCUCCGGAGAUUGUUGCAUUGCAGCUCUCCGCUUUCUUCAUGCCUGGCUACUCUGACUGAGGUCAAGGAUUGUUGAGGCCUAACAACAUCUGGAAUUUCACUUUGGUGCAGCUGUGCCCACCCCUGACUUAUGGCCGGUCCACAAAAAGCUGAUCAGUGGAGGUGACAGAUAUUUGCACUGCACCACUUCAAGGGGAGGCUGAUCUUUCCUAACAUUUCUCCAUGUAAAAGUAAGAAGCACAUCAGAGGUAAUUUUGUACUGAUGUGCCCCUAAACAGUUACUGUACUAUAACAUUCUCUACACUGAUUUCAAGUGAAAUUGAGCAUUUGUUUCUUAUCAUAAAAUGGGGGCGGUUUUUU